GUGACGUCACUACGUGUUUUGGCCAUGUGAUCCGCCAGGCGGUGGGGAAAAUGGCGAUGGUUGUAGCUGUAGAGUCCCAGAAGUUGAGCCACAGGAAAUUGCGGGCGCAACUGAAGAAGGAGAAGCGGAGGAAAAGGAGGCAGGAAGAGGCCAGACAGCGGCAGGCAGAAUUAGCUAACGAAGGGGAAGUAGAAGAGGCAGACGAUCUAGAAGAAGAAGAAAGAGAGUUGGAGGCUGAAAGGCAACGUCUGCAUGUAGAAUGGUUGGAAAAAGAGCAGCAGGCACAGGAGGAGUUCCAGCUGAAAAAGGAGAAGGAAGAAGCAGCACGGAAAAAGCAGGAAGAGGAAGAGAAAAGAAUCCGAGAAGAAUGGGAACAGCAGCAGUUGAAGGAAAAAGAGGAAGUAGAACACAAACGCCAGGAGAGGAGAGAACGAGAGGAAGCUGUUCAGAAAAUGCUGGAUCAGGCAGAAAAUCAGCAGUUGGAAAAUGGUAACACUUGGCAUAAUCCAGAAGCACCAGAAGAUUAUGGGACUGAAAAGGAUAAAUCGUAUUGUCCGUUCUUUCUGAAGACUGGAUCCUGCAGGUUUGGUGAUAGGUGUUCUCGUAAACAUGUUUACCCAGCAUCAAGUCAAACUCUUCUUAUCCGAGCCAUGUUUAUUACCUUUGGGAUGGAGGAAAGUAGGCGAGAUGACUAUGAUACAGAUUCUGGGCUGGAGCACAGUGAAGAAGACAUUUACCAGCAGUUUGUGGAAUUUUAUGAGGAUGUACUACCUGAAUUUAAGAGCAUUGGAAAAGUUGUACAAUUUAAGGUUAGUUGCAAUUAUGAGCCACACCUCAGAGGAAAUGUGUACGUCCAAUAUCAAAAGGAGGAGGAAUGUCAACAGGCCUUUGCACUUUUCAAUGGGCGUUGGUAUGCAGGGAAGCAGUUGCAAUGUGAAUUUUCACCUGUGACUCGAUGGAAAACUGCAAUAUGUGGACUUUAUGAAAGACGCAAAUGCCCCAGAGGAAAACACUGCAACUUCCUUCAUGUCUUCAGGAAUCCUAAUAGCGAGUUCUGGGAGGCUGACCGAGACCUUUACAUCUCACCAGACAGAACAAAAUCCUAUUCUAAUAAAUACCAUGAGAGACGUGAAAGAGCAAGCUAUCGUCAUGAUUACCACAGUCGAUCUAGGAGGCGGUAUAGCUGUAGUCCAGACAAAAUACAGAGGAGAUCCGGAGAGUCUGAAAGGAAAAGGAAGAGAAGCAGAAGCAGAGAUAGGAGACGGUUACAGAGGUCCAGGAGUAGGAGUCAGGACAGGAAAAGGUCACGAAGCAGAGAGAGGUAUCGCAGAAGCCGGAGUAAAGAAAUACGCAGAUCACAGAGGUCUCGAAGCAGAAGUGAAGAUCGAAGGAGAUCGAGAAGCAGAGAUGGGAGUAGAUGUAGGUCAAGAAGCAGAAGUGAAGAACGAUCGCGGAGCAGAAGUAAAUCUAGAUCCAGGAGCAGGAGUAAAGGGAGAAGCAGAGACCGGUCUGGCAGCAAGGGAUUAGGGACAGAGAGAUCACGAAGCAGAAGUAAAAGUAAGCCACGAUCCAGAAGUAGAAGUCCUCAUGGGUGGAACAGGAAAAGGAAGAGAGAGUCUGAAAACAAGGACAGAAGAAGCAAAAAGAAAGCGAAGCGAGAGAAGAAAGCCAAGAGCAAGUCUGAAAACAAAUCGAAAGAUUCCAAAACAAAAAGAUCAGAAAGUGAGCCCAGAAAUUCUCCAGCUAGUUCAAUAGAGAAGGACACACAGGUCCCCAUGGGUAAUCCUGAAGCAAGAAGCCCUUCCACUUCUCCAAGUACAAAGAGCUCAGCAAGUGAUUCAACAGUGCCUGUCAAACUGGAAGACAUGACUGAAACAGAAGUUGUAGAUGAGUGAAGAGUUGUGAUUUGUCAUAAUCUAAAAGCUUAUGAAAAAUGAAACUACGUAGAUCAACUGCAGAAUCAAGAAAACGACUGAGGACAAUGCACAAACUCCAUUUUUAAUAAACUCAUCCUUUAUGUACAUUUUGUUUUAUAUUUGUUUUGAUAAGUGUUAAACAAUCAUCAAUCGAUAUUCUAGACAUGUAUUUAAAGUCUUGGAUUAAAGUUCAUUAUGGCCUGG